GCUCACUUUCUGACACAUGUAACAUCGUUUGGACGGUGACAGUGGGAACUGCGUGUUUCUAGUCAUUGGAUUUGUUGAUAUUAGCAAGCGGCGGUCAUGUAAGGGGCUCGAGGAGACGGAUUUGUACCGCGACUCGCCUACGUUAUUGGAGAAAAACGGUGAAAAUCUGUUGAACCGUGGUUGCGCCGUCGGGCACGAUUUUGCAGCGAGGACAAAAGAUUUGGACUGUGAGGAAAACAGAUUAAGUGCCAGAAAAAGGCCUGACAAUAGUCAAGAUCUUAUUGAAGAUCUAAAUCAAGAACUUAUGACUCAGAAUGAGCAUGUGUGGUGAUCCCCUGUUCCUUGCUCAGCCCGUAGCAAACCCAGUGCACCUGAGAUGAGUGGUCCUCUUUGGUGCCCAGCCGCUGUCCCUGCCUGCUCUUGGCAGUGCUUGGUGGUGUGAGCAGAUUGCUCCAUCCUGGCAUCCACGGGAGCGUGGAAUGGCCUCUUUGGACCUGCCGUACCGUUGUCCUCGCUGUGGGGAACACAAGCGAUUUCGAAGUCUGUCCUCUCUGCGCGCCCAUCUGGAGUACAACCACACCUACGAGACCCUGUAUGUGCUGUCCAAGUCCAACAGCAUAUGCGAUGCCGCUGCGCUACUCCCCCUAGUGGCCGACGGAGCCCUUGCUGCCGAAUCCCGUUUUCCGUAUCGCGAACUGCCCUGCCCUGGUGAAGAGCUCAGGCUUGCGACUUCGUCUACUGCUUGCUACCUGCCCAAUGUGGAGUUUCCUCUGGGUGAGAUCUUGGUGAAGACAGCCAUGAGCUCUGGCGACGCCUUGUCCUCCACAGGGAACAAUGCGGUGGCAGUGGCCGCUAAUGUGGCUGCUAGUGCGGUGGAGGCAGCUUAUGAAGAGGGUCUGGCUCGGUUGAAAGCUCGAGCGUUUGAGAGGCUCGAGCUAGACGAGAGGCUCGAGAAGUUGUCAGAGGAGGUGGAGCAGAAGAUCGCGGCGCGUGUCGGCCGUCUGCAGGCGGAGCUGGAGAGGAAAAGCUUGGAGCUGGAAAAGGCAACGCUGGAGAGCGAGAGGCUCAGUCAGGAGAAGCAAGACCUGGAGGACAAGGCCACAGCGCUUUCGCGGCAAGUGGACGUGUCUGUGGAGAUGCUGGCUAGCCUUAAGCAGGAUCUGGUUAACAAGGACCAGGAGCUCUCACACAAACAACAAGAGGUGGCCCAGAUCGACCAGUUUCUGCAGGAAACAGCUGCGCGUGAAGCCAAUGCUAAAGUGCGUCUUCAGCAGUUCAUCGAGGAGCUGUUGGACCGGGCUGACCGUGCUGAGAAACAGCUCCAGAUCAUCAGCAGCUGUGCCACCACCCCCAACGGCAGCCUGGGACACUGCAGUCUGCAGGGAUCCAAACCUAAUGGACAACAGAGAAAUUCCAGUAUCUCUGGGGCAUCGAGGGGCAUGUACCAAGUGUCCGAUCGACGUUCCUCCCCCAGCACUGCUGCAUCAGGACGAGGGAAGUCUGUGUCCCAGGGUUCAGGAGGUUACGACAGUGACAGUGUGGACCUCCACGCUCUGGAGGACUGCCCUGAUGCUCAAUACUACCACGUCCAGUGCCGACUUGGGGAAGGAGGUGGAGGAGGAGGAUAUGAAAGGGCGGCUGCUUCUCGCAGCUGGGGUCUCCGCAAACAGGCCAUCCAGAACUGGCAGCGCCGGCCGUACAGGAAUAGCACAGAGGGAGAGGAGGGCGACGUGUCUGAUGUAGGAUCCCGCACCACCGAGUCCGAGGCCGAGAUGUGGGAGCAAGACAGGAGAGCAGAAAGCCAGCACGGGGGGAACCGUGGAGGAUACAGACUAGCUACAGGUCGUUCUGAAGGGGGAUACAAGCCUUGUCGCCACGAGAAAAGCCCCUCAAAAGUAAACGAGGUGAUCAGUCCUGAGGUGCUGAAGAUACGUGCCGCUCUCUUCUGUAUCUUUACCUACCUGGAUAUGAAGACACUCCUGCGGGCGGCUGAGGUGUGCCGGGAUUGGAAGUUUGUGGCUCGUCACCCGGCGGUGUGGACCAGAGUGCUGCUGGAGAACGCUCGCAUCUCGUCAAAGUUCUUGUGCACUCUGUCUCAGUGGUGCACACAGACACAUUCCCUCAUCCUCCAGAACCUUAAACCCCGGCAGAGGGGCAAAAAAGAGACAAAGGAGGAGUAUCUGAAGAGCACACGUGGGUGUCUUGAGGAGGGUCUGGAGGCUUUGUUGAAAGCUACUGGCAGUAACCUGCUCAUUCUGAAGGUGUCUCAUUGUCCAAAUCUAUUGACCGAUCGCUCUCUGUGGUUGGCCAGCUGUUAUUGCAGGGCACUACAGGCUGUCACAUACAGGAGUGCCACAGACCCUGUUGGACAGGAAGUUAUUUGGGCACUGGGAGCUGGUUGCAGAGACAUCAUCUCACUACAGGUGGCACCUUUACAUCCAUGUCAGCAGCCAGCACGUUUCAGUAACAGGUGCCUGCAGACCAUUGGCAGAUGCUGGCCACACCUGCGAGCGCUGGGUGUGGGCGGAGCUGGCUGUGGCAUACAGGGAUUGGCUUCUUUGGCAAGGAACUGCAUGAGGCUGCAGGUGCUAGAGUUGGACCACGUCAGUGAGAUCAAUCAGGAAGUGGCUGCUGAGAUGUGCCGAGAGGGACUGAAGGGUCUGGAGAUGCUGGUGCUCACCUCCACUCCUGUUACUCCUAAAGCCCUGCUUCACUUUAAUAGUGUGUGUCGUAACCUGAAAUCUAUAGUUGUCCAGAUCGGUAUAGAAGAUUACUUUGAAGACCCUAACAGUCCAGAGGCCAGAAAACUCUUUGACGAAAUGAUGAACAAGCUGCAGGCACUCAAAAAAAGACCUGGUUUCUCCAAAAUCCUCCAUGUGAAGGCUGAUGGCUUGUGCUAACUCUGCUGUGUUGCGGCCAGAGCCACAUAAAGGUUCACCAAUUAUUUCAACCUGAUCGAGUCAUUCUCUCCUCAAAUAAACGAGGAAGAAUCAAACACUUCCGCUUCAGUUUGAACUCUAACCAACAGUCUACUACACCAAGACGGGAGCAUCUGUUAGCUUUGACAUGACGCCAUCAAAUAGAGGAGUAUGUAAAGAUAAUAUGUAACAAACUCUACGAGAAGGCAUAAUUACUUGCCAUGGCUGCCGUUCCAACAGUCAUCCAAUUACAGACUAAGGAUUUUUUCCUACUUGCCAAACGCACUAAACUUUUAAUAAGAUCUCAGAGAACAUGACGUCUCUCUUCAGAGCACAGAGCUGCAGGAGGGAGCGGUCUCAUUUUCGAGAUUGACCUGAAUCAUAAAAUCAAUGUGAAACCCUAACAGCACAAAUGUAAAAUCCACAUGGGUAAGUUAGUAAUGUGGGAGUGUGUGUUUGUGUGAUGAUCAGCUCGAUUGCUUCCCCGAUGUUCAGCAAAGAGACGCAUUCGUUCAUUAGUCGUCACUUAAGAGCGUUACUCUUCGAACUGGAUGCGUCAGCCAGCCAUAUUACCAGGACAAAUAUCAACAUAAAAAAAUCACCAGCUUAGACGUGGCUUACAAAGACCUAUAUUUAGGGGAAGCCAUGUCUCCACAGAAAUUACUAUUACUUGCAGCUAUCUUGCGUCCUUAAGCGCAAGUUCAAACCGAAAGGAGAAGCCAAUAAAUGCAAGCUGUUCGUGUUCAUGUCAGACCCUCCAGUCCUUUAGGGUCACUCUGGCAAGGGUUUGUUUCUCAUCAUUGGAUCUGCUGUUCCAGCAGAUUUGCAAUGCCUUCUCCAUAAUGUGCCAUCCAUACUUCGACAUUUUGCUUUCAAGGUUGAAUUUUGCUCAUACCCAAUGUGCUAUUAGUCUUAAAGGUAUUAAGUCAUACCCUACAAGGUGUGCACUUAUCUAAAGGGAAUUUAAGGGGGAAUAGUGAGGGAUAGAAACAAGCUCAUGGUGCUGUCAAUCCAAUGUACACCUACUGUUUCACCUCAGAUGUCAACGUCUCCAUCUCUUCCAUCAGUUGCUGUUCAAACUUCUAUAAAACUCCGGCUGGUGCCACUCACUCGAUCUGUUCUCCAUCUGCUCUGUUGAUUUCAGAUGGUAUUUUCCAUGUUCUAAAGGUAGACACGACUGAAUGGACACGUUGCACAAUCGAAUAGAAGGGAUGAAUACAAAUAUAUAGAGUUGUUAUAUUAGGUUCUUAACAGAAUCUACAAGAACUUCACUUCUGAAAUGUGUGGGUUAAGUUUUGGCUCUGGUUCGUUGGAUAGAACUUUAUUUGCUGGAACUGGGAAAUAAGUUAACAAUAGCCAUAUUAGGCCAUGUUAGACUACAAAAUGAAAAAUGAUUCUGCACAGCUGAGAUUCAAUUCAAUAUUUAUAGCCUCAUUUUGUCAAGGCCAGCAUUGUGAAAAUAACUUUUUCUUUUCUUUUCAAAAGGAAAAAGAUUAUUUAUGGUAUAUUGUUGGUGCAUUUUUGAGUAGAUAGUAUGACAUAGUCAGGUUUUGCUUUCAGUUGGAAUAUUACUCCAUUAUUAGGAUAGUUUACACUAAAAAAAAAAAAAGAAUAUUAAAGCACUUAAAUGUGUUUUAGCUGGAAGUCAGUCAUACAAAGAAACUAGAGUAUACCAUUCUCAUCAAGUUUCUUUAAAAUAAUACUAAUAAUAUAAAAACAUACUAAUGCAAUAAUACUGAUGCAAGUACUGGUCUCGACCGCUCUCGGUGCUGUACCACUUACCCAUCAGGCAUUGCUGCUCCCCUUGGCCAGUCUCUGAGCUGAAAUCACACAGUCCAAACGCUCUACUCUUAAAGUGCUUUAGUCAAGGCGAGCACUUCUAUGGUGCAACGUUCUACUUCCUGUCUUAAAACACAUUAUGGGGCUUGAAUUAGGACGAGAGGAGUAUUCACACAAUCUGCCUGAGUUUAUUUUAGGAUGGCUGUUCAAAAUGAGACAAUGUGGACCUGAAUGGAAACUGGAAAACCAUCUUCAAGAAAGAAACUGCAGAAGUGGGAUAGGGUAACCUACUCUACCCACAACGCCACACAAUGACUUUUCGAGUGUGUUGGCACUCGUCUUCUGAAAAACUGUAUGUAUAUGUUGUUUCUAUAGGAAGGAAUUACAAACAGUGUAAAUAUUUCAAAUGUAACCUAAGGAAAGAGACAACCUGCAGCGUUUAAUGGAUAUCCACCCACACAUGGUUUCCCGUGUGGUGGCCGCACUGACCAGAUGACUUUCAGAGUUCAAAGAUACUGAAUUUGCAGUAUGCUGUGUAUGAUAGAUGCUUUAUAAUGAAUGUGUAUCAGAGUCCUAUAGAGAUGGAAAUAAUUUAAAAACAGAGUACAAUUUAUUUCAACUAUUUAUUUCUAUAAAAAGAGAUGUCUAUGAUGAUGGCAUGUUUGUGCUAAAGCAUUAUAUAUAUAUCAUAUAUAUCAUGUUGCCUUUUCAAGUGUUCUGCUGUAGAUGUUAUUAGAUUAUUAGAUCUGAGUGCUCUGGAUUACUGCUUGCUGCCUUUCAUUUUUAGACUGAGCAACCGUUGCACCAUUAUGAUGAUAAAAAUUAACUGCUUAUGUUUAGUAUUAAGCCGUUGAUGUUCUAUUUUGUUUAAUGUCGAGUCUUUUUAAAGAAUCUGACAUAUGUAAUGCACUUUUUUUUUCUUCCAGUGCUCUGUGAUGGUUGGUUUUGUAUAAUUAAUGUGCAAUUCCUCUUUUCCUUAGCUUUGCACCAGAAGACUAUCAGCUUUCCAUUCAUCAAUAGUUUUAGUAACUUUUUAUGAAACCCUCUCAUUGGUCUUAUUUGAUGCAUAGCAUUAACCUGCAAUAUAACAAUAAAUAGCAACAUUAAUAUUUUUUAAUUCAUUUGCUUUUAAGCAAGUGGUGAAAGUGAUGACAUGCUGGGUAAUAGUGUGUGGACUGAGCACUUUGUACAUGGAAUUUUAUUUGACUAAAAAUAGACUAAAAGCGAUUCUGAACUAUGUGACCAACCCAAAUUUGGAAUUGAAUUCAUCUGAAUGGAUUAUGAUAAACUGACAGAUUUUGAGAUCGAUUGAAACUUGGGAGAGAAGAAAAGGGAACAAUUACAGAAUGCCACUUUAGUAGAAGACCUGAAGCACUCAGAAAGAUAAAUAUACUUUUUUUUUUUUUUGUAAGCAUAACCAUUGUUUUUGUACCAUUAACCAGAACUUCUUGAAACAAUCAGUUAUAGUGGUGUUUGCUAUUGUUAGGUGCCAGAUGUUGUGACAAUUCAUGUGUAGCUGUAAUUGUAACCAUCAAGUCAAUUACCUAUUAUUAAAAGUAAGUCGAAAAGACAAACAGAUGAUUUAUUAAUAGUGGAAUAUUAUCAGCUUUUUGUUCUGUUAUGUUUAGUGGACUCGACAUGGUGUAAGAUAGAAACAUCAUUCACAAUCUUAACAGCCACAUUCAAACUCUAUAGCACUGGAAUGAUAAUAACCACAUAUAGUACAUCUUAAUGCCUUUGAUUUAUCUGUUUUAUUUUAUUUCUGCUAGUCUGUCCAUUAAUAUGGCAUUCAGUCCUUGAUGUCAGGAUACUGAGAUUUUGCUUUUCCAAUGUUCAGCUUUGUGCUGUGAUGUUCUUUAGCCAUGAUACUUCUUGGCUUGUCAUUAGUCUACCUCUUGGCUCUCGUUUGAAUGAUUGUAUUUUAUGGCCAUCUGUCUGAACUGCUUUCAUGCAUAACCUCAAACAUCUUCUGGCAACAUAAGUUGAAUUGUGCUGCUUUUUUUAUACCAACAGAUUGCAUUGACGUUAUUUAAUGAAUGCACAUUCUCUGCCGUUGCACAAGAAGGCAAUUCAUGUCCUGAAGUUAGUUAAUAUUUAUUGGAAAAUGUUCAUGAUUAAACUCUUUUCUUGCUUGUGGGAACAACUGCAGACCUUUUUUUUUUUUUUUCGUAUUUUUAUGGCCUGCUUAUUAACAUUCCUUAUUGUCUGUACGAUGGGUUAUCCUAGUUUGCGAAAAGUUGAAUAUAAAAGUGUGAUGGAAUUGUUUACAUUCCAAAAUCUCAUGCCAUUUUGUUCCAGGCAUAUUCUAUGAGUUAUAAUAAAAAUCUGAUACAUACACUCA